UCUCUCUCACGCCUACCACCCGCUUGGCUUGUUGCCGCCGCCACCACCUUCGCCCUGGAGAGCGUCAGGCUGGCACCUUCUGCGGGCGAAGGAGGCGGCAACAAGGCUGCUGAGUAAAUGUGGCGGCGGCGGCGGCGACUGGCAGCGCCUGUUGCUCUUGCUGGCGGCGCUGGCCACGACGAGCUCCCUUUGGGGCUCGGGAUAUCUGCUGGCCGCUGCCGCGGCUGGGGAUCGUCUCGCUCCCGGGCGUGGAGAAACACGUGGCGGCUCCGGAACACAAGUGUGUUUAUUCGGCUGCUUGAGGAAGACUGUUUUAUUGAAGAUUAUGGCAAAACCUGGAGGAAAAGUAAAUUUAAAAGACAAACUGGAGGGCAAUGAGUUGGACUUGAGCUUAUGUGACCUGAAUGAAGUGCCAGUUAAAGAGCUGGCAGGGCUUCCAAAAGCUACUGUUUUGGAUUUGUCUUGUAACAACCUCACUACUUUACCAUCAGACUUUUGCAGUUUGACUCACCUGGUGAAACUGGACCUGAGUAAAAACCAGCUUCAACAACUGCCUUCGGACUUUGGUCGUUUGGUCAACUUGCAACACUUAGACCUACUGAACAAUCGAUUAGUUACCUUGCCAGUUAGCUUUGCGCAACUCAAGAACUUGAAGUGGCUAGAUUUGAAAGAUAACCCCCUGGAUUCCACAUUGGCUAAAGUUGCUGGAGAUUGCUUGGAUGAAAAACAGUGCAAACAGGCUGCCAUAAGGGUUCUGCAGCACAUGAAGACUAUCCAGUCUGACCUAGAUCGUGAGAGGCAACGGAAGCUACAGGCAGAGCGAGAGCUGGAGAAGAAGCGUGAAGCAGAACGACGAGCGAGGGAGGUUCAAGAGAGAGAACUGCGGAAGCGGGAGAAGGCUGAAGAGAAAGAACGUAGGAGACGGGAGUAUGAUGCCUUGAAAGCUGCAAAGCAGGAAAUGGCAAAGCAACCAAAGAAAGAUAUGGGUGAGAAUCCAAAGCUCUCGUCAGCUUCCCAUUCAUCACAUCCACCCCAACACAAACGCUCUUGGACUAAGGUCUUCUUGAAAAUACUACUGUUACUAUUGCUAGGUGCCCUUAGUACUUUGGCUGUUUGCAAGCUUACAGAGCUGCAGCACCAGCCGGUAUGCAUCAGUGUGAACAUGCUUUAUGAAGAUGCACUAACCGCUUUGCAGAGUCGCAAAAUCCUUCAGAACGUACUGCAGCCAAACUCGCAGCAGUAAUGGUGUCUCAGCCCCGAAGGACUUUUCCAUUGUCAGCGUCUCCUUCUGCUGUUUCUGCAUCAGCACAAUUGGGAUUCCCAUGAAAUUGUGCUCUGAUGAAAACUGCCUUUAGUCAUUCAGCAUUGGGUUUGGUGGCCUACUUAAAACAGAGCAGAGUCACUGCCUAGAUCAUCUUUAUCUCCCUUGCCUCCAUCUCCUGUGGUAUGAACUUUUUGGGAUUUCUCUCCACAGCGGAGCCUUUUUUAGGCUGCAAAAUGCAGGCUUGAGCCUAUACCCUUAACAGCAGCCUUGCUAUGAGAGCUGAAGCCCAUAUUGUCAACUUAAGAAGUUUUUGUAUAUGUAGUCUUUGAAUGUUGUAUUGCUGUAGCAAAUGCAUACUCUGGGAACAAGUACUACAUUAGGAUGGCAGAGUUAUCCAUGAAAUGGAGAGUAGAACUCAUGAUGUGAUGAUUAAUAUUAACAAUAUUUUUCCCCUCAGCUGCUUGAUAUUUGAUUCCUAGGUGGAAAUUUGCUAUUGUUACAUACCACAGCUGCUAAACUAAGCCAUGCUGUUGGUAAAAUACAUAUCUGUAUACUUCCAUAUGUGCCAUAGGCUGAUCCUACUAUUCACUUGACUUCCCAGAACUAUUAGAGCCCAAGAAAAGUAUUGCCAAGAUCCUAUGAAUUUUUCACCCUAAGAAGUUCCAGGCUAGUAAAUAAAACAUCUAUGUAAUGUUUUUUUAAUAAACCAUGUAUGUCGUUA